CCCACGAAACGAGCAACAGGUGGACUUUCAGCACCGGGUGACGAACUUCAUUCACAUCCUUCAGAAGAAUCCAGUUUCUGAGUUUAUCUGCAGAAAUGUCUGAAGGAACGCAGCUGCGGAGGCGAGGCGGGCCGUUUAAGACGGAGCCGGCCACAGACCUGAGCCGCUGGAGGCUGAGAAACGCAGAGGGCAGGCAGACCUGGAGCUACGUGGACGACCAGGAGAUGCCCAGCAGGGAGCAGACCAUGCUGGAAGCUCAUUCUCUGGGUCUGGACAUCAGUCAGUUUGUGUCAGACUCCUCGGCCUCUGAAACGGCUCUGGAUGCUGCAGUUAAAGGUAUGAACUUCUACAGACGGCUCCAGGCUGAGGACGGCCACUGGGCCGGGGACUACGGUGGACCCCUCUUCCUGCUCCCAGGUCUCCUUAUCACAUGUCAUGUUGCUAAGAUUCCUCUGCAUGAGGCCUGGAAGAAGGAGAUGGUGAGAUACCUGCGCUCUGUUCAGCUGCCAGACGGAGGCUGGGGGCUACACAUUGAAGAUAAAUCCACAGUGUUUGGAACGGCACUGAGCUACACGUCUCUGAGGAUUCUGGGAGUUGAUCCUGAUGAUCCAGAUCUGGUUCGUGCUCGGAACAACCUGCACAGCAAAGGCGGCGCCGUUGGGAUCCCAUCGUGGGGGAAGUUCUGGUUGGCUGUUCUGAACGUCUACAGCUGGGAGGGACUGAACACGUUGCUGCCGGAGAUGUGGCUCUUCCCCGCCUGGAUGCCAGCCCACCCAUCCACCCUGUGGUGCCACUGCCGCCAGGUCUACCUGCCGAUGAGCUACUGCUACGCUGUCAGGCUGUCGGCAGAGGAAGACCCUCUAAUUCUCAGCCUUCGACAGGAGCUUUUCGUCCAGGACUUCGCCUCCAUCGACUGGAUUGCUCAGCGGAACAACGUGGCCGCCUGCGACCUGUACACUCCUCACAGCUCGCUGCUCUCUGUCGCCUACAUGGUGCUGAACCUGUAUGAAGCUCAUCACAGCGUCGCGCUGAGGAAGAUGGCCGUCAGAGAGCUGUACGACCACAUCCAGGCCGACGACCGCUUCACCAAGUGCAUCAGCAUCGGGCCGAUCUCGAAGACGAUCAACAUGCUGGUUCGCUGGUACGUGGACGGCCCCACGUCGGCCGUGUUUCAGGAACACGUCUCCAGGAUCCCAGACUACCUGUGGCUGGGACUGGAUGGGAUGAAAAUGCAGGGAACCAACGGCUCUCAGCUCUGGGACACGUGUUUCGCCGUUCAGGCUUUCCUGGAGGCUGGAGCGCAGGACGACCCCAACCUGGUCGGAUGUCUCCAUGACGCCCAUGACUUCCUCAGGGUCACUCAGAUUCCUGAGAAUCCACCUGAAUACCAGAAAUACUACAGACAGAUGAACAAGGGCGGCUUCCCGUUCAGCACGCGGGACUGUGGCUGGAUCGUGGCCGACUGCACGGCGGAGGGCCUGAAGUCGGUGAUGCUGCUGCAGGAGCUCUGUCCCUCCAUCAGACAGCCAAUCAGCUCGCAGCGUUUGUACGACGCCGUUAAUGUGCUGCUGAGCCUGAGGAACAGAGACGGAGGAUUUGCUACGUAUGAAACUAAACGAGGAGGAAAACUCCUGGAGCUGCUCAACCCGUCUGAAGUGUUUGGUGACAUCAUGAUAGACUACACCUAUGUGGAGUGCACGUCUGCAGCCAUGCAGGCGCUGAGGCAUUUCCUCCAGGUUCACCCCGAUCACCGCGCCGCAGAGAUCAGAUCCACCCUGAGAGACGGGCUGGAGUUCUGCCGGCGGGUUCAGAGGACCGACGGAUCCUGGGAGGGAUCCUGGGGAGUUUGCUUUACAUAUGGAACCUGGUUCGGUCUGGAAGCCUUCGCCUGCAUGGGUCACACCUACCAGGCCGAAGACGUCCCGGUGGAGGUGCAGAAAGCGUGCCGGUUCCUGCUGCAGCAGCAGAUGUCUGACGGAGGCUGGGGGGAGGACUUUGAGUCGUGUGAGCAGCGGCGCUACGUCCAGAGCGCCGCGGCUCAGAUCCACAACACCUGCUGGGCUUUGCUGGGACUCAUGGCCGUCAGACAUCCUGACCAGCAGGCCAUCGAGAGAGGAGUCCAGCUGCUGGUCCAGAAGCAGCUUCUCAACGGAGACUGGCCUCAGGAAAACAUUUCUGGUGUGUUCAACAAGAGCUGCGCCAUCAGCUACACCUGCUACAGAAACGUCUUCCCCAUCUGGACCCUGGGCCGAUUCUCCAGGCUCUAUCCCAGCAGCCCGCUGGCCGGGAAGCUGAAGCUCUGACGUCCUGACCUCUGACCCCACUGACAUGUUUUCUUUCUUAUUCCAUCAGCUGUAGCAGAUACCACAACAAUCAGUCAGACACUAAUAUCAGUGAAAAAGAGGAAGAAUCUUGUGCCACAAGCUGCUAAGUGGAAUCACUGAUGACUGAAUCCUGAAGAGUUUAUUGAUCCAUCAUUUACUGAAUAUUAGAGUUUAGUUUCUGAUUUUAUCCCAGACCUGUAAUGGUUUGCUCCACUGGUUAGGCUGCUUAGAAACAUCAUAAAUGAAACAUUGAUCAACAUAUUUGAUGUGUAUUGAUGAUUUUGAUAACGGUAUUUGACAGAAUAUAAGGUUUGAAUACAGUCUGAUGUUUUUAUGAUGUAAAGCACAUUUAACUGAAAUUAUGCUAUACCAAUAAACGUGACUCGACUAUGA